AUGGGAACAACCGCAACACUUUCCUGUGGUAGAAGUUAUAGUUUGAUUCACUUUGCCCAAAACAUAUAUGGCCCCAACUCAGCCUGCCAAUUUCAAUGGGUUUUGGCCUCAGUGCGCAUCGCCGCCGUUGAGUUCCACCUAUUUGGACGUGGGAGGGCCACUUCCAGGGCUCAUUUGUUUCCGUCAAGUGGCUUUUUACCAACUGGUGGUAUGCGGCGGAGACGGGACGAUCGGGUGAAUGCUUUCUCGCUUGGACAGUGUGGGUCAGGAUGCGGCGUGCCACUCGCCACCCAUCGCCCUCCUACCCCUGGGCACUGGCAACGGUCUCAUCCGCGUUCUCAACUGGGGUGUCGGCUGUACUUCCGCCGAGGCGCCCCUUUUCAACCUCAAAAACAUCGCUGCCGCCUGAGGGUCCGUCUCGACUGGUGGACGCUGGCGGGUCGAUCAGAUGAGCAGAUGGAAGACGAGACGAACUCGUUGAAUACCACGGGGGACAAUUCCUUCAUGGUUAUCAUGAACAAUUGCUUCGGCAUUGGAGUCGAUGCCGCCCCCACCCUCAACUUCAACAAUGCGGGCUCCAAGAACCCCUCCAAGUUUAACAGCCGGUUAUCGGGUUAUAUCACCUUAUUUUUCUCGAAACCGUCGUCGGUGUACUUCAAACUAUGCCUGCGCAAGAUGGUGGAGAGAACCGUGGUGCUGAAUAUUCUCUCUUGGGGUGGGAGUGCCAACCCCUGGGGCCUGGACAGGGACAAGAGCUUCGCUCGACCCACGCACUACGGUGGCCUCCUAGAGCUGAAGACUACAUUAAAAUCUAAACUACCAAUUAAAGUAGGUGGAGAACCUUUUGUUCAACCACCUGGGCAAUUGGCAAUUCUACGCUAA